AUGAGGCUGUCGGUGUCUCUCCUGCUGAUCACUCUGGCCCUUUGCUGCUAUGAGGCCAAUUCAUCGGUCUGCCCAGCCUUAACUACUGAAUUGACAGGCUUCUUACUGGCUUCUGACGUUUUGUUCGAGUUACAAAUUGGCAAAUUUAAUGCUCCUGCAGAAGCUGUUGAAGCAAAGAUGAAUGUGAAGAAAUGCAUAAGUGAGAUAUCCUCAGGGAGAAUACUCCUUAUAGAAGCAAUAUUGGGACAAAUAUUGGCUAAAUGUUCUGCAAAUGAUAACGCAAAUAUUUAG